AUGACCAUUGAAUUAAAGGAGGAAAUUAUCAUUCCUGAUGAUAUUGUUUGUCCUUCUCGUGUGUUAGAUAUUAAAUUUAGUCCAACUAAUGAUGUUGUUGCUGUCGGAGAUAUGCAUGGUCUUAUUAGAUUAUAUAACUAUGGUAAUAUUCAAGAACCAAAUGAAAUAUUUACUCUUAAAGCUCAUGAAGAUUCAACAAGAGAUGUUUGUUUUAAUGACAAUGGAAAUCUUUUGUUUUCUACUUCUGCUGAUGGUUCAAUUACUAUUACAGAUUUAAAUAAUCAAAAAAUUCUUGCAAAGAAUGAUAAAGCCCAUAAACAUGGUAUCUAUUCAUUAGAUGUAAAAGGAAAUAUUUUUGUUACAGGUGAUGAAAGUGGCAGAAUUAAAGUAUGGGAUAUGAGACAACAAAAAUGUGUUGUUGUUUUCAAUGAACAUCAUGAUUAUAUUUCUCAAUUAACCAUUUGUGAUAAUACUAUUUUUGCUGCAGGAGGUGAUGGAUGUAUGUCAACAUGGAAUAUUAAUUCAAAAAAAGUUAUUGGAAUAAGUGAUAAUAUGAAUGAAGAUUUAUUAUCUCUUUCUAUAACAAAAAAAGAUGACACACUUGUAUGUGGUGGUCAAAGUGGAAAAUUAUUUGUAUGGGAAUGGGAUAAUUGGGAAUAUCCAAAAAAUGCUCUUAAAGGACAUCCAGAGAGUAUUGAGAGUAUUAUUGCAGUCAAUAAAAAUACUAUUAUUACUGGUAGUUCUGAUGGUAUUAUUCGUGUAGUUCAAAUAAAUCCACACAAAUUACUAGGUUGUGUUGGUCAACAUGAUUUUCCAAUUGAACGUUUAGCUUUGUCAAGAGACAAAAAUAUAUUAGCAUCAUCUUCUCAUAGUAGACACAUCAAAUUUUGGGAUGUUGGAUAUUUAUAUAAUGACCAAGAUGAUGAAGAAAGUGAUGAUAGUAAACAAAAAACAAUGGUAAUAGAAAAACCCGAAGCAGACAUUGUUACUCCUUUCCAAGAAGAAAAAGUUCAAAAUGCAUAUAACAAAAAGAAGAAAACUAAAGGUCCACAACAAAGAAAUGAAACUAAUCCAUUCUACAAAGAUAUGUGAAGGAUUAACUAUUUCGAUUGAAUUUUUGUGAUGUA